GCCGGACCGGUGGCACCCCGGACUGAGAGGCGCAGGCCCUGUUACCAUGGCGACGGGGUGCCUGGGCCUUGUUGCCAUGGCAACGCGAGGGUCAGCCGCUGUGUGGCACCCUGGGGUGGGGGCCUGGCCUCGGCUGUUGCCGUGGUGAUGGGAGGGGGGUGCAUCAUACCUUACUCUGGGGUGGUAACAGGCACUGUUACCGUAGUGACAUGGAGAGACGGGGGGCUAUGCGUCACCUAGGGGUGGUGGCCAGGCCCCGUCCCUCCCUGCUGAGGCCUUGUCCCUACAGCAUCGUGCACCUGUGUCUGCGCAAGGCCGACCAGAAGCUGGUCAUCCUGAAGCAGAUCCCUGUGGAGCAGAUGAGCAAGGAUGAGCGGCUGGCGGCGCAGAACGAGUGCCAGGUCCUCAAGCUGCUCAGCCACCCCAACGUCAUCGAGUACUAUGAGAACUUCCUGGAGGACAAGGCUCUCAUGAUUGCUAUGGAGUAUGCUCCAGGGGGCACACUGGCAGAGUUUAUUCAUAAACGCUGUAACUCCUUGUUGGAUGAGGACACCAUCCUACACUUCUUCGUGCAGAUCCUCCUGGCUCUUCACCACGUGCAUACCAAGCAGAUCCUGCACCGUGACCUGAAGACUCAGAACAUCCUUUUGGACAAGCAUCGCAUGAUUGUCAAGAUUGGAGACUUUGGCAUUUCCAAAAUCUUGAGCAGCAAGAGUAAAGCCUACACGGUUGUGGGAACUCCAUGCUACAUCUCCCCAGAGCUCUGUGAAGGGAAGCCUUAUAACCAGAAGAGUGACAUCUGGGCUUUGGGCUGCGUGCUCUAUGAACUUACCAGCCUCAAGAGGGCUUUUGAAGCUGCGAAUCUUCCUGCCUUAGUAUUGAAGAUCAUGAGUGGGACAUUUGCCCCAAUAUCAGAUAGAUACAGCCCUGACCUGCGCCAGCUCAUCCUUAGUAUGCUGAACCUGGAUCCUUCCAAGCGGCCUCAACUGAAUGAGAUUAUGGCCCAGUCCAUCUGCAUUCGCCCUCUUCUGAACCUCUACACUGAUGUAGGAAGUGUUAAAAUGAGAAGGCCUGAAAAGCCCUUGGCUCCAGUGCAAUCAGUGACACACAGCCGGACGGGGGGACGAGCGAGCAGUGCCAGGCCCAGGGGUGUUCGAGGUGGCUCGGCCAGGACAGGCAUCCCCCCUCCCCUGUCGUCCAUCUACACGUGGGGCAGUGGGAUCACCACCCCGCUCCGUCUGCCCAUGCUGAACACCGAAGUGGUGCAGGUGUCUGCUGGCAGGACACAGAAGGCUGGGGUCACCAAAUCAGGGAGGCUCAUCAUGUGGGAGGCUCCCCCGAUGGGCACUGCAGGAGGCCCUUCUCUGCCAGGAGCCACUGAGCAGCUGCAGCCUCAGUUUGUGUCCCGCUUUCUGGAGGGCCAAUCUGGUGUGACCAUCAAACAUGUGUCCUGUGGGGAUCUCUUCACUGCCUGCCUCACAGACAGGGGGAUAAUCAUGACUUUUGGCAGUGGCAGUAACGGCUGUUUAGGGCACGGAAACUUCACGGAUGUAAGCCAGCCCAAGAUUGUGGAGGCCCUGCUGGGCUACGAGAUGGUGCAGGUGGCCUGUGGUGCAUCUCACGUCCUGGCAGUUUCCAAUGAACGGGAGGUGUUUGCCUGGGGCAGAGGGGAUAAUGGUCGGCUUGGGCUGGGUACCCUGGAGUGCCAUAACUCCCCCCAGCAGGUAGCAGUCCCACCAGAGCAUGAGGCACAGAGGGUCAUCUGCGGCAUCGAUUCCUCCAUGGUCCUCACAGUGAAGAACCAGAUUCUUGCUUGUGGGAGCAACAGGUGUAACAAGCUGGGCCUAGAUCGGAUCAGCUCAGCAGAGGAACCUUCCCCAGACGACCAGGUAGAAGAGGCCACCGUGUUCAUGUGUGCCCAGUCAGCCCCCUUGAACCAAGAGCCAGUUGUGUGUGCUGAUAUCGGUACAGCACACUCAGCUGCAGUCACAGCUUCUGGCCAGUGUUACACCUUUGGGAGCAACCAACACGGGCAGCUGGGCACCAACUCCUGCCGCAACAGUCGUGUGCCCCACCUGGUUGUGGGGCUCCGGGCCAUGAAGGUCACUGUGGUAGCUUGUGGGGAUGCCUUCACUGUGGCUAUUGGAGCAGAUGGUGAGGUAUGCACCUGGGGGAAAGGAGCCAGGGGACGCUUGGGCAGGAAAGAUGAGGAAACAGGAACGCCAAGGCCUGUGCAGCUGGAGGAGACACAUCCAUACGUGGUGACCUCUGUAGCCUGCUGCCAUGGGAACACACUGCUGGCUGUAAAGCCUGCCGGGGAAGAGGCACCAUCCCAGUGAGAGGGAUGGCAUCCAGCCUUGCCAUACAGCUGCAGGCUGCUCCUGCCAUGCCUGUCCUUCUGCUGGACCUACUCCCCAGAUUCUGCUGCACAACAGGGAGCUCCUAACGAUGGUUCCCCAGAACCAGAGCUGCUCUCGUGGGUCAGUGAAGUUUGCUGUGGCCCUGAAGUGCCUGUGUUUGGUGGGUCUUGCUGUUGGAAGUGCGUUUGGGUGCAGAAGGGCUCUCCUCUGCCGCCGGUGAUGAGCACAGAGGUUGUUUUUCCCCGUGGAAACUCUCUGGUUACAAAGCCCAGGCUGACAGCUCGGUGUCUGAGAGAGCUGUCAGCCUUUGCGCAGCAGUGUCUGGAGUUACAGCCCCAGGCGCUGUGCUGGGUGACUAAGAGCAAACCUCUUUUCUAAUUAGACAAGUCAGUCCUCUCCCAUCCCCCCCUUCAAGCAUUUUUGCCCAUUUGUUGAGCUGUUCAUCACUCUUCCAAGGGUCCUGCCCUGCACGGCUGGCCUAGCACGAGGCGAGCAGCAUCUCGCUUGUGCAGCACGGCUGCUCCCCAAGUGCUGCCUGGGGCUCUCCAAUUACAGCCUCCUGCAGCCCCAGGAGCCCAGCUGAGCAUCCUCCAGCUGAUGUUUGUCCUCAGGCCCCUUAAAUCCUGCUGCUGCCUGGCUCCAGGCCGAGCGAGUGCGAGGCAGCAAAACACAGGGAGAGAUUGUCUCUAAUUGAAGUUUUUGAACCCAGAUCUCUACAGGGAGAUGAUGAGUUUCCACCAGGGAUCCUUUCUGCAGGCUGGAAGGGGCAGAUCACUGUACCACAGACAGGAGUUACCUUUUUUUAAUCACCAGAAGGGUCGCUUCCUUUCAUGCUUUUAUUCCCCCCCCUCCCCGUAUUGUUGUUAUUAUUUUUUUUUAACUUACAUCUGCCCUGGGCCAUUUUCUGAUGAGUUUCUGUCUCUGAUCUGACAUUGCCUUUCACAUCCAUCUUUGUGCUGUUGCCAAUCCGUUGUGUAUAAAGUCAGUGCUUUCAUAAGCUGGC